UAAAAUGGAGAAAGAAGAAAAUGAAAAUUGUGAAAAUAAAAGGGAAAUGGUAGAGGAAAACGACACAGAAGACGCUUCAUCUGAUGAGGAAUCGGAAAGUGUCGCCGACACAUCGGAAGCAAGUGAAACAGAUGUGUCGGAAUCGCGUCCAUCAUGCCCAAUUUGUUUGCGAAGCUUCAGUCAUCAAGAAAUCGGCUUUCCCGAGGACUGUAGCAGUAUUCAACACAUCUUUUGCGCACUUUGCAUCGAAGAAUGGGCCAAAAAUGUCACAACUUGCCCCAUCGAUCGGAAAGAAUUCACAAAAAUCUGCAUACUCGAUAAUUGGCUGGACAAAAAUGUCAUUCGGAGUGUCGAAGUGACACGCAAAGAGUACAAUGAGCAAGAGAUGGAUACCGUGGAUGACCUCACGUACUGCGAAAUUUGUCAUCUGGCGAAUAAUGAGCACUCGAUGCUCUUGUGUGAUGGUUGUGAUCGCGGAUAUCAUAUGGACUGUUUGACACCCCGUUUGAGCGAAAUUCCCGCUGGCAGUUGGUAUUGCAGGCUUUGUGUGACAAAUCAGGAGGUUGGUGCCCAAAUUGUACAAAAUCACGAAGCACUUGGGCAUUUGGAUGGCAUCGACAGUGACGAAGCUGAUAUGCCACGAAUUAUCCGAACGCGGGCGACAGAACGUAUUCGUGCCGCAAUUAUGACACGAAGUGAUCUUCUCAGCGAUUCGGAAGCUGAACAGGCAACACAAGCAGUAUCUCAACCACAACCAGGUCCAAGUCGUAUCCGCACAACGCUCGAACGCGUUCGAAGAGCUUUGAAACGGGGCACUCGUAAACGAAGGAAACGACGUACGCGUCGCACUGCCAAACGAAGCACUGUUGUUGAAGAAUACGAUAUCAACAGCGGAGACGAGAAAUUUCCUAUCAAACGUACGACAAGAGGUCGAAGAGUCGUGCGACGUAAACGCAAAACUAAGAAACGACGCACUGCGAAUCAAUCGUGCGCUUUUACAAUCCCGAAUCCAAGUAAUUCCGCCGCUGGAAUCAAUGCGAUGCGAUAUAAUGCGGGCGUUCCCACAGUUCGUCUCUUUGAGCCCGCCAACAAUUUGGAGUACUUUAGCGACGACGAAAAUGAAGAAAUAAUGGAAGCUGCUCCAUUGACGAGACAAAAUGCAAGUCGCGAUGUUUUGACUGCCAUUCAAGGCAUGCAUCGAAUUGGCGUGAAUCGGAAUCUUUUGAAACGCAAAGUUAUUGCACCGCCUAUUCAAUCGUCAUCCUCUGCCGUCAAUUUGCUCGACUCCAUCAUGGAAAAUCAGGAAAAAUGGCAUUCGAAGAAGGGAGUGAGUGAUUCGUGUGUGCUCAAAGGCGGCAAACCAGUAUUUAACGGAAAAAGUGAAAAUCCAUCGAGAAAUCGACCUGAAAUUGCGCAAGCUGCCCUCAAUGGAACGGGAAGUAAUGGCACGACAAUCAACAAUCAAGAGACCAACAACGAAAGUCGAUCGCAGAAUUCAACUUCAACUACUGCCGCAACAACGGGAUCUCAUCAAGAGACAAACAGCACGGGAAAUGGCGCAGGAGGCGGAAAUGACGGAAAUGAAGAAUCAACAACGCAGGGAAGAAGUGUCGUAAACACAUUUUCACCAAUGCCACAAAGACCUCAAAAGACUGCUGCGAGUCGUAAGAGCUUCGAUAUCAUUGGCGAAGACGAAAACAAGUCCUGCCCCAAUUUUUCCGUUUAUUCGUCGGAGUCGAUGGACUUGGCGAACCAAAAUACGAAGCCAGCGGAAGAAAAUGACACCGAAAAUAACGAAGCAAGUGACGAAAGAGUCGAUUUAGUGCAAUUAAGCGGCGACGAAGAAGAAGAAGAAGAGACAGAAAAACCCACAAAAGAUGAAACUACCCCCGAAAAUGCUGAAAAUGAUGCAAAAGAAACACCCACAGCGGAACCUGAAAAGCCAAAUGCGAAUGACACUCAAGGAAAAUCGCAAGUUUUGCACUUGUACGACUCCGAUGGAGGUCUCGACGAGGAAAUUAACAAACAUUUCACUGAAAACUCCGAGAAUUAUGCGUCUCAAGCGCCUGCAGAUCGCUCAUACACACCAUGUUUAGACGAAAAAUAUCCCAAUAAGGAGGGCGAAGAUGGCGAUUUGGAAAAAUCUGGGACAUCAGCUACGGGUAUCGAUGGCAUGGAAACAGAAUUGAUCUCCGAGGAGGAAGAUAGCAACAUGAGUGCACGAGAUGCUGACAAAAAUGGCGAUAAAUCGGGCGAAAAAUCAACUCCUGUGACGCCAUUCAAGAAAAUUCAAAACACAAAAGACAGAAAUUAUCGUGACAAGGAUCGCGGAGGCAAAAGACGACAUUCUCGCGAUCGUUCCGAAGACAAAGAGAACAAAAGUAAAAAGGGCGGCAAUAAAAAACGUGAAAUUCCGCGGUAUAAUGUACGAGAGGUGAUAACGAAAGCAAGUCAGAGAGAUCCGUUUGGCAGAACGAAGCCUCGUGAGAGAUCGCGCAGCAAAAGUCCGAUGAGACGACGAUCCAGAAGUCGUUCGCGAUCAAAAUCGCGUUCGCAUUCAUGGAGUCGUAAGAGUUUUACGAUUUCACGCUCACCCUCAUACUCGCCGAGACCUAAUAAGAAAACGAGAACACGAAGUCCCUCGCCACGACGACGUUUUGCUGCGGGAGGAAGAUCCAAGUCGCCCGUGCGACGCAUUGAGAGACCUUUGAGACGAUCAUUUUCGCGAUCGCCAUCGCCGAGACCGUCGGCAAGAUCGAAAAGUCCCUUCAGGAGAAAAGAAUCGGGCAAGAGAAAGGACAAGGAACGCAAAAAGAAGAAGAAUCGUUCAAAGGAGCGAAAGUCAAAGAGAAGUCAAGAUGGUAGAAGAUCUUCUGAUGUCGAAGCAAUUUCCUGGUCAAAUCCAACUAUAAGACGCACUUCAAUCACACGACAUCCGAGUCCUUCAUGGACUCCGCCGCUUGGAGCACUCAAAGGCUCUCAGGAAAAUUUGCGUGUUGUCUUACAAAAUCGUGAUGCGGCGACUGUGACAUCACUUCGCACGAAGAAAAAGGACAAAAAGAAGAAAUCCGACAAGAAAAAGGGAAAAGAACGUCGUGAACACGGGAGACAUCGACACGAAAAGACAGAAAGUAGCAAAAAUCGCGCUCCUCCAACGAGUAAGGAAGUAUUUGCAUCUGGCGAUAACAUUUUAGUGAGUGUCAGUUUCAACAAUACAUCCGCCGGCGAUAAACAAGCACCUGCACAAAGUACCGACAAAGAUCGUGAAAUCCGUCGAGUUGAACGAGAUCCCACAAAAACACUUCAGUUGAAGGAUCCGGCAAUGCCUCGUCCUGCUGCGGUGCGAAAACAUCGGAAAAUCGACACGAAACCCGUGGCAUACAUCGAUCUCGAUGGAAGUCCCUUCAAUUUGGCGCCCGCUUCGCCGGUAAUUGUCUUGAGUGACAGUGAUCAUGAACGAGAUGAAAAUGCCGGAGCGACAACGGAUGCGCAUCAAACGGAAAACGAGCAAAUUGACGAAUGCGUGAGACCUGCUUCGCCUCCCGAAUCGCCAAAUGCCGAAGAGCAAUUCCGUUUGCAAGCAGGACCAAAAACGCCGCCAGAACCAACAACAACCUCCAUUAAAUUUUCGAUGCCGUCAAAGACGCGUUUGCGUGUUUUGAAUAAUUUGUUCGAAGAUGAGGAUGAUGAAGAGCCAACACCAACAAAUAAUGCUCGUGCUGACAAAGAUGCUUCUGCUGCUCAGAAAAUUGGACCAAAUACGCCGCCAGAUCCGACACCCAAAAGUCCCGAUGUCUACGAUCCGUUUGAACCGACGAAAUCUCCUUCGGAAAGCCCGGGACACGAUAACGAUGAUCAUCACGACGACGGCCCGUUAUCACGUUCAAGCACUCCCCCGUUGGAAGACACGCAAAAAAUGACAGAUUCCGACAAAUUGACGCAAGAAAAGUUGAAUCAACUGAAACCCGUUGACUUGGUUAUGCAACUCGUGAACAAAUCACUCGGCAACAAUGACAGACAAGAGAAGGGCGAAAAAGUCAUGACGAUUGAUUCCAUCGACGAACUGACCGAAACGCAUCUCGAUGGCGCCGAUGUACCUGUCGAGAAGCAAAUUACCGUUUUGAGUAACGUUGUGGUACAAACCCCGAGCAAAUAUAACGUAAAAUCGACGUCGCAGCAAAAUAAACAGAAACUCAGUAUCAAAUCGCUGAAUAGUCUACAACAAGCAAAUACCUCUGGCAGUAUUAUCUCGAAGCUGCCGUUGCCACGAACGACGAGCAGUAAAUCGCAUGCGAGCACGAGUGCAGCAACGACAGGCGGAGGCGCCGCAGAUAUGGAAAUUGAUUCGCCAUAUUCGCCCGGAUCGAAUGAUUUUGAUGACUUAUUUGAGCCGCCAUCCUCCACGACGGACAAUUACAAACCGAGUCACAGCAAGAAUGUGUCGUCAUCGAGUGGCAGAGUACCGCCCAAUAAAGCAGAUCUGUUUGAUAAUUUGUUCGGAAGCUCUUCGCCCGUUCAUAAAUUCUCAACCGUUACAACUACCUACAAGGUCAACACGAAAACGACACGCGGAAAACCACGAAAAGGUGCAAAACGUAGCAAAUUCGAUGACGAUGAAGUUCCCAACUCAGCAGUCGAUUUACAAGUAAAGGACAAACUCCUCCGUAAACUAAAUCGACAAGAACGCGUCAUUGAAGAAGUAAAAUUAGUAAUUAAGCCCCAUUAUAACAAAAAACGCAUCACAAAGGAAGAGUACAAGGAAAUCAUGAGAAAAGCUGUUCCAAAGAUCUGUCACAGUCGCACAGGAGAAAUAAAUCCGGUAAAGAUCCAGGCACUUGUUGAAGCGUACGUGAAAAAGGUGCGACAACGACGCAAAAUGGCCAACAAAAUGCAAUCCGCUUAGAGAAAAUCCAAGUGUUAAUGUAGUGCUUUUUUCGAAAGUUGAAGUGAAAACCGUUAUACAUUUAUUUUGAUAGAAGUUGCUGAAAAUCUGACUUUAAUUUGUUAAGAUACCAUUUUUUUUUAAUUUAUUGAACUACAUACUAAAUUUAAUUUUGUGGCAAAUUAUGGUCAAAAGAAUAUUUUAAAAAUAAGUUUCCCAGAAAUUUCCUAAAAGUUGGGAAUGCUCGCUGAUCAAUAUUCAAAUUAUUGCAAAUAAGGUUUUAGAAAUGUAGAGAAAUUUUCCUUCUUUCUGUAUUUUAAGGCUUAAAUAAAAAAUAUUAAUACAUAUUAUCCGU